CCGGGGCAGAGCACAUCAUCAGGCAGCAGUCCAUCCAGUCCGGCAGCACCUCCACCGCCAUCAGCUAGCCAGGAUAGGACGCAGUACGCGCCCGGCUCGCCGAAACCGCGCCGAGCUUUCUCAUCCCGCUGCGCUCCGUCCACGCCGCGAUCGCCUCCCUUCCCUUUCCCCCGUCCCCCUCCCGGAAUUCGGCACGUUCUCACCGCCCCUCGCCACCAGUACAAAACACGGGCCAGCCUUCCUUGCACGCCUACUCCCCAGCUCUCCCCUGCUCUGCUCUUCCCCUGAGACGGACGGCACAGGCACCGCUCCUUCCCUGUCGUCCCGUGGCACGCCGGCGCCGGCGCGUGAACCGAGCCCCUCUCGUCCGCCACCGCGGCAGCUCACCGGAGAACGCGCCUGCCGGGCGGGACACGCGGAGGCGCCGAGAGAUGAGCUGCCUGGGGUGGCUCAAGAAGAGGAAGGGGUCCGGGAGCGGGAGGCGGGGCUCCUCGGCCUCGGCCCCGGCCACCACGAUGACGACCAUGACCAACACCACGACCACGACGACCACCACCGGGUCGGCGGUGAGCACGAGCCGGUCGGACGACUCCGGGGCGGGGCGGCCCACCAGCAAGUCCACGGGCUCCGCCUCCUCGCAGCGGAGCAUCUCCUCGCUCUACGAGGAGCGGGGCCAUGGCCAGCUGCGGGCCUUCGAGUACGACGAGCUCCGGGCCGCCACCAACGACUUCGGCCGCGCGCAGAAGCUCGGCGAGGGCGGCUUCGGCGGCGUCUACAAGGGCUUCGUCCGCCCGCUCGACCCCCGGGCCGACCGCAUCGCCGUCGCCGUCAAGCGCCUCAACACGCGCGGCCUCCAGGGACAUAAGCAGUGGUUGGCAGAAGUACAGUUCCUUGGAGUUCUUGAGCACCCAAAUCUUGUAAAGCUUCUCGGGUAUUGUGCCGUUGAUGGUGAAAGGGGAGCCCAAAGAUUGCUGGUCUAUGAGUACAUGCCCAACAAGAGCCUGGAAGAUCACUUGUUCAGCCGAACCCAUCCUGCUCUCUCGUGGAACAGAAGGCUUCAGAUUAUCUUGGGUGCCGCUGAAGGAUUGGCUUACCUCCAUGAAGGGCUGGAACUUCAGGUGAUCUACCGGGACUUCAAAGCGUCGAACGUGCUGCUGGACAAGGACUUCCAAGCAAAGCUAUCAGACUUCGGGCUCGCGAGGGAGGGGCCAACAGAAGGGAACACUCACGUCUCAACUGCGGCUGUGGGGACGCACGGGUACGCGGCGCCGGAAUACAUCGAGAAGGGGCACCUGACGGCGAAGAGCGACGUGUGGGGCUUCGGGGUGGUGCUGUACGAGCUCCUGACGGGGCGGCGGUCCCUGGACAGGAACCGGCCGCAGGGGGAGCAGAAGCUGAUCGAGUGGGUGGUCCAGUUCCCGCCGGACAGCCGCAACUUCCGCAUGAUCAUGGACCCCAAGCUCCGCGGCGAGUACUCCUCCAAGGCGGCCCGGGAGAUCGCCAAGCUCGCCCAGAGCUGCCUCCUCAAGAACCCCAAGGAGCGGCCCGCCAUGAGCGAGAUCGUCGAGGUGCUCAGGCGAGCCGUGCAGACCGAGGUGGCCUCUGUGCCAGUGGACAAGGCACCCAUCGCCGGCAACGGGAAGAGGGUCAACGUGGCGCCGCCGUCGAGGAGGUGACUGAUGUGCUGUCAAGGAGAGUUCCUUGUCCCUCCUUUUAGGCGAGGUUUGCGUAUGGUAUAGCUAUGCGAACAUGAGUUUAGAUGAUAUGGGUUGUUGGAUUCUUGAUAGUGUUUUCGUUUCCCCCUUCUUUGGAGGCUCAUUUGAGUGAAGAAUCAGUUACUGUGGAAUGCAAAUUAACCAGCCAAUACUACUUGAGUGGGAGUGGCAA